UGUGAUUCUGCAUUUUGUUUUAUGCAGUGACCUGUUCUUUAGUUACCGUCCAUCAUUAUUUUGUUUAUAGUAAUGCAAGUUGCUUGGCAUUUGUGAUUUGUUAUUAAUCAUCACUACUUCACUAGCAUUAUAUGGCUCCAAAUAAAUCUUUGGAUAAUGUAUUCUUUAGGGGCAAACUUCUCUCUUCCUUUUAUCUCCACUUGAUGAAGUAGGAUUACUUUUGGGGCCUAGCACUUUUCAUUGUUUCAGUUGCCACUUUCCAGCAAUAAAGAUGAAUGUGUUUAUCUUUGACAAAUCUCAAGUGAUUUAGGACUAACAUAUGGAAUCUUGUACUUGAUUUGAUAUCAUGCACAAUUGCUUUUCUUCUGUCAUCUACUACUUUGAAACAGUUUGAGACUUGGAUUUUUGUUAUGACAGAGAAUUCCGCAUAAAUUGAUUAAGAAAUAUGGAGAUGAACUUGCUUCUGUUGCUAUGCUGACGGUUCCCAGUGGUCGAGUCUGGGUAGUCGAAUUGAGGAAAGCCAAUCAGAAGUUAUGGUUAGAGACUGGUUGGCAAGAAUUUGUAGAAUACUACUCCAUUUGCGUUGGAUAUCUAUUGGUCUUCAAAUAUGAAGGGAAUUCAUGUUUUGCUGUCCAGAUAUUUGAUCUGGCAGCUUCAGAGAUAAAAUAUCCAUGUCGUUCUUUAUGUAAUGUAGAAGAACCCAGUAAUGGCAAGCUCUGUCGUGUUCACCAUGUUAUAGACUUAGAAGAUGGCGACUCUGCUGAGACUAUGGGUUCUUGUCCCACAUGUCUCAGUUCUGUUUCUUUGAUAAACAAAGAUUUUGAUGAAUCUCCAGGUGGUGAUCAGGCUAAAUAUAAGAACUCUCCAUGUAGAGCUAUUAUAAGGAACUCAUGUCUAGGACAAGAAGCUUAUAAUUUUCAAGCUACUUCUCAACUGACUCGAGAUAUAGGGAUUCAGUUCAGUGGAGUUGAGCUGACAAGUAAUGCAGAUGGAGUUGAACUGCAUUUCUUGCCUGAAGUGGAGCAAAGAGCCAAAAGAAUAAAGCAGGAAACUGAACCUGAUUUACCGGUCCAUGUGGAAUCAUUAAGCAAAUACGAGGUGAAAGAGUUCCCCAAUGUGGUUAACUCUUCCUGGAACUACAGGGAGAGGAGAGUUGUGACAGCUGAAGAAAAAGAGAGAGCAAUUCGUGCAGCUGCAAUGUUCAACCCUGAGAAUCCCUUUUGCAGAAUAAUCUUGCGGCCAUCCUAUGUAUAUAAGGGAUUGCUUCUGCAUGUCCCUGCCAGCUUUGCUCGAGCUUGUCUAAAUGGCACUGAGUACAUCACACUCGAACUAUCAGAACACAAACAGUGGCGUGUGAGAUGUCUUUCUGGUCCUAGGGGAACAAAGUUUACCAAAGGAUGGCCUGAAUUCGUCUGGGAUAACAACUUGACUGCAGGAGAUGUUUGCGUAUUUGAGCUUAUUAACACAAAGGAUAUUGUGCUGAAAGUUACCAUUUUCCGGGUUCUUGAAUGUGCUGGUUAAUGAACCAACAAUAAAAAUAAAUGAAAUCGCUGCAUAAACCAUGUAUAUUAACUUGGCUAGAUGUCUAAAUAUGAAGGGAAAGUGGAGUCGAUAGCAUUAGUUCGUGUCGGUGUAGGUUGACUUGUCUAUGCAAUAUCUUGACUCUUGAGAUCUAUGUUCCAUGUACUUAUUCCCAUGUUGGAGAGAUGGAUGAUUUUAGAAAAGAGACGAACCCUCCAUGCUUUGGUUAUUCUUCCUUCUAUUGAGAAAAAAGUACGAAGUGUUUAUAUUUAGGUAUCUGAGAAGAGUGCGUGUUUGGCUACUACAAAAAUUUGGAAAUUUGAAUCCAUAAUCUUAACCUCAAGUUUUUCUUAAUCAAGUUUGUUAGGAAAUCUGGGAAACUCUCAGAUACUGCAACUCGAACCGUCUCCAAUUGUCCAG